AUGAGGGUUAUACUAGCUAUACAGUUAUUUUUCUGCAUUUACAAAACAUUUGGACAAGGAACAUUUCCCGAAAACAAUGCACUGGAGAAAUCGGCAUCGUUCCCGGUUACAACAUCCAGCAAACAGUUCAGCGUUUUAAGGGAGAUUUUAAAUCAAGAGAGUUUAGUACGAUUCUCAAUGGUACAAAAAAUCCAGACAUUAGUGAUGGAUGUCGUUGAGAGUAGAAACCUUAGCAAGACUCUUGAAGGGAGGCUUAAUGAUGUUAUUAAGGAAUUAAGUGCUUUAAAAAUAACCGACAAUAAACUGAAGGAAGAGAUUGCAAAGCUUAAACAAGAAUUGAAGAGUGGAAAUAAAUUCAUCAAUGUGCCAAACUUUAAAAGCUUAAAUGAUUCAGAAGUAUUAUUUCUCAGGAGAAAAACUUCAGCUCUUGAAAAGGAAAUUGAGGCUCCGAUUUUAGAUAAUACGAACAUUAUGGAAGUAUUGGUAUAUUUGCAGAACAAAGGUCCUAACAGUCUUAAGAAUGAAACGUUCUCUUUGAGUGAAAAAUAUGAUAAAAUAUCACAAGAAAAUGAAAAUUUUAAAAACCCAAAUUUGAUGCGCAGAAGAGAUUUCUCUCAUUUGGAUAAACGUCUAUUGCUAAUGGAAAACGAUAUACGAAAUCUUUCCUUAUUUUUCAAUGUAGCCGUGGAAAAUACUCAUAAAAAUAUUUCAGAUAUCCUGGAGCUAAGAGUAUCUAACAACACAUCAGUUUGUGAAAAGGGCUGGGUUUCCUUUAAUGACCAUUGCUAUUUCUUUGCAUCAACAAAAAUGAAUUUUCGUGAUGCUCUCGAAUUUUGUUCCAAUGUUGCCCCCGGUGCAAUUCUUCUUGAAAUUCAAAGUUCAGAGGAAGAGAGAUGGAUCAAUAUACAAACUCAGUUACGAGGUUUCCAACAUACUUGGAUUGGUGUCACAGAUAUCUCUGAAGAAAACGAAUUUGUCUCUGUGUCUGAUGCAAGAGCACCGACAUAUGUGAAUUGGUUAGAUAGACAACCUGAUAACCAUGCAAAGGAAGACUGUGUGGAAAUAUUCCCUGGCGGAAAAUGGAAUGACCGUGAUUGCAGUGCUACAAUUUCGUUCAUUUGUAAGCUUGGAAAGAAAUGAUUUUAAUGUGGAGUUAAAUAAAAACGAUCGAAAUGUUCUUAGAACAGGACUUGUCCAAUUUUCAGCUUUUCAAGAAUUUUUAUCGUAUAAGCAGAAACAUUCUUAAGCAAGGUAUGUCUGGAAAAUAAAGAGUCGAGCUUGUAUAAAUUAAGAUUUACUCUUCUAACAUUUUAAAGCCUCUGGUUGUGUUAAAUGAAUAAUUGGAAUGUAAUAAUUCAGUGAAAACACACAGCUAAAACAACAGACAAAGACGAGAAAAAAAUGUCCUAGGGUCGAUUUCAGACUCUCUUGUUUGGUUCUAUAUUCAUUAUAACAUUAUAAUUAAUUGAAACGCUUUUCCCCGUCCUUAACAGUUAUUAUUGAAUAAAUCAUUUUCUUGGCAUACAUUUUGAAAUCAUAUAAAAGCAUUCUGAAUAGGAAUUCAUUGAUAAUAUUUCAAAGAAGAGGUAAAGAUCACAUAAACUAUCAAUAUCUGGAAGACUGUAUGUAAUUUGGAUGCUUCUGGUGUGUCUGUUAUGGAAAAGAACUGUUUCCUUUUUUUUAAUUAUUUUUCAUCUUUAUUUUCUAGACAUAUCUUGUUCAAAAAUGCUUCUGACUAUGCAUACGUAUUUUAGUGGUGUCUAAUGAUUCGAAGUCAAAAUAGCAAUGCUAGUCAUCAACGUUUUCAAUUUGUGAAUAUUUUUUUUCUUUACA